ACGCGUUAAGUUAAUCGUUUUAGGCCCAUUCGCUGUUCCUAUUAUAAGGUCCCCAGGCCGAAUUCCAUUGGCAAAAUUUUGGUUGUGAUUUGAUGAUGUAGCAACGAUGGGACGGAGAAGGGAGAAAGCCGCUCUCAGAUCUCAAACCCUGCCGUCGUCUCCGUCGCACUCUUUCUCCUCGUCUUCCUCCUCCGACUUCGAGUUCACAAUCUCGCUGUCCCCACGUAAGGCCUCUUCCACGCUUUGCCCGGCGGACGAGCUCUUCUACAAGGGCCAACUCUUGCCUCUCCAUCUCUCCCCUCGCAUCUCCAUGGUCCGCACACUCCUCUUAGCCUCGUCCAGCACCUCCUCCUGCUCCGACAGCACCACCACCGCCUCACGUGACUCCACCGGCAGCUCCAACGACUCCCAAUCCUCUCUCACCAGUGACCUCGGGUUGCUUGCCGAGUCAUGCGACUCCUCCCGACCGAGCUCCGUAACCGAAGACGACGAGUUACGGCGGCUCAACGGCAGCCAUUUGAAUCAACAGAUCAAGAAAAACAAAUACUUCUCCUUUUCAAGAUUCUCUUCUGUAUUCAAAAAGGAGAGCAAAACCCGUGACCCGGAUAAUGUAUCCGGGUCGUCCGUGAAAAGAAUGAGUACCUCAGCAAGAGAGGUCAUAAGGAAAUAUCUGAAGAAAGUGAAGCCAUUGUACGAGAAACUAUCCCAAAGACAGCAACAGAAAAUGUCAACAACUCCCGGCGGCAGUGCUGUCUCCUUCUCCAUGAAACCUGCGGAUAGAUCCGUUAAAGAUAUGGACGUACCCAACAAGAACGCAAGAAAAGAGAACAUUAACGGAUUCUCUCAUUCUUUCUCGGGAAAUCUGAGGUAUCCUAGGAGGCGAAGCUGCAUUGCGAGCUGUCCAUCAUCGAUGCGGUCAUCUCCUAGUCAUUCUGGAGUACUGUCACGGAACGGGUUCUCCGGGAUAGGACCCGGUGGGAAAUUGAGUGGGCCGAACUACGUGGAUACGUCAUCGAUGGAGGAGUUGCAAAGUGCGAUCCAAGGUGCCAUUGCUCAUUGCAAGAACUCAUUGCUUCAGAACAAGACCAUGGUCAGUAAUGAAAUUUGACAGACUAAUUUCAGUUUCAUUUAACGUUAAUGCUGUAAAAGAGGAACAUGAUGAAGGGGAAAAGCUGCACGUAAAAUAGUCGUGUAAGCUAGCGUCGAUGGCCAUAAUUAGAAUAACCAGAGAGGACAAACUUGAAAGUAAUGUAACAGUCGUUUUAUUUGCUCUUAAUUAGUGAUUUGGCACGAAAUUUUAUGUGAAAUCUUACCUUGGAGCUUUUUUUAGGUUUUGCAUUUCUGUUUGCUUGUUGCGUUUCUGAUUCUUGUUUCUGACUCUUAUACGACCCCAAGCUUCAGUUUU